AUGGAAAAUAUCGACGGAGUCAAGAGAAAGCAAAAGCCUUUUCUAGGGCAGAAAGCGCCCGUUGGUUAUGUUCCCGGAUUGGGUCGUGGUGCCACUGGUUUUACCACCCGUUCUGAUAUCGGUCCAGCUAGAGAUAUCUCCGAUCCCACGGAUGAUCGCCACGCUGCUCCUGGCGAGAGGACAGUAGGUGACCAGCUCCGAAAACAGCUGCUCGAGGGGAAGUUAAAAAUCGACCAACGGCGAACAGAUUCUGACGAAGAAGAUCUCAAUGACACAAACUUUGACGAGUUCAAUGGCUACAUGAACAUCAACCUCUUCCGCGGCUCUACGUAUGACAAAGACGACAAAGAAGCAGACGAGAUUUACGAGUCGAUUGAUAGCAAAAUGGACGAGCGACGCAAAAUAUACAGGGAGAAGAAGGAACAAGAAAUGCUUCAAAAGUAUCGAGACGAAAGGCCGAAGAUUCAAGAGCAAUUCUCAGAUUUGAAAAGAGAGUUGAAGGGAGUCAGCCACGACGAGUGGAUAAACAUUCCAGAAGUAGGCGACGGUCGAAACAGAAAACAACGAGGCUUUGGAAGAUACGACAAAGAAACGCCCAUUCCAGAUUCGCUCAUCAAUAUGCAAAGAAAUCUCACUCAGAUAACAAACACACUCGACAAAAACGUCCAAGGAGGUACUGCAACUUCUCUAACGGGCGAAUUGGACAUGGAGAGACUCGGAAAAGCGCGAAAUCAAAUUAUGGAUGUGAAACUGAAGCAAGUGUCCGACUCUGUGUCCGGACAAACAGUUGUCGACCCGACGGGAUACUUGACCGAUAUGCAGAGUAUGCUUCCAAGCUACAAUGGGGACAUCCAAGACGUGCGAAAAGCCCGAUUGCUGCUGAAAUCCGUGCGAGAAACGAACCCCAAGCAGCCACAAGCAUGGAUCGGCUCGGCCAGAUUGGAAGAAGUCGUCGGAAGACUGGCGGAAGCUAGAGUUUUAAUCAUGCAAGGCACAGACAAAUGUCCCAAAUCCGAGGAUGUGUGGCUCGAGGCUUCCCGUCUGGCCCCGGCUGACCAAGCAAAGAAAAUAUUUGCCGCCGCCGUGGCCGAAAUCCCCAACUCGGUCAGGAUCUGGUGCGCCGCCGCCAAUUUGGAAAAAGAGAAAAAGGCCAAACGAAGAGUUUAUCAAAAAGCGUUGGAGAAUAUUCCAAAUGCUGUUCGACUCUGGAAAGCAGCAGUUGAGCUUGAAGAGAUUGACGAUGCAAAAGAGUUACUUACUCGUGCCGUUGAGUGUUGUCCAAGUUCAGCAGAGCUUUGGCUCGCCCUCGCAAAGCUGGAGACGUAUGAUAACGCUAGAAAAGUCUUGAAUAAAGCUCGAGCUACUAUUCCGACUGAUAAAAGUAUCUGGAUAACCGCUGCAAAGCUCGAGGAAGCGAAUGGAAAGUCGGAAAGAUGUGCAAUUGUCAUCAAGCGAGCUUUGGAAGCCCUUCGUGCAAAUGCCGUCGAGCUAACUCGAGAAGAAUGGAUCAAAGAAGCUGAAAAGUCGGAAAAAGCUGGCGCCCCAGCAACUGCACAAGCUAUCAUCAACGCAAUCAUCGGUGAAGGAAUCGAAGAAGAGGACAGAAAACAUAUCUGGAUGACAGACGCAGACGAGUGUAUUGCAAAUCAAUCAAUUCACUGCGCCAGAGCGAUUUAUGCAUAUGCACUUGACGAGUUUAAGAACAAGAAGUCGAUUUGGCUUCGAGCGGCGUUUUUGGAAAAACAAUACGGAACAAAGGAGUCAUAUGAUAACAUGCUCGAGCGGGCAGUAAAAGCCUGCCCCCGCGAAGAAAAGCUGUGGCUGAUGGGCGCAAAGUCUAAGUGGCAACAGGGCGACAUCAGAAGCGCGCGUGGUAUUCUUGAGCAAGCGUUUGAAUCGAACCAGCAAUCGGAGGAAAUCUGGCUCGCUGCGGUGAAACUCGAGUCUGAGAAUAAUGAACUGCUGCGUGCGCGGCAGAUUUUGGCCAGAGCGAGAACUUCUGCUUCUUCUCCUCGAGUCAUGAUGAAAUCGGCGAAAUUGGAAUGGUGUCUCGGUGAGUUGGAAAAUGCGAUUUCGCUCCUUGACGAAGGACUCGCGAAAUACUCCAAAUUUGACAAGCUGUGGAUGAUGAAAGGAACAAUCUUCUUGCAAAUGAAAGACGCUCACGCGGCGAGAAAAGCCUUUGCGAAGGGAAUCGAGCACUGCAAAGAUUCCAAACCGCUGUGGAUUCUUCUGGCCGAUUUAGAGGAAGGAGAAGGCAAUCCAGUGAAAGCAAGAUCAGUUCUUGAGCGAGCUCGUCUCAAGAACCCUGCUUCACCAGAACUGUGGAAGCGCGCCAUCGAAUUGGAAAAACGAGUCUCUGGAAAUGAAAUCGCAGACCGUCUCCUUUCUAGGGCGAUGCAAGAGUGUGCCGCCUCAGGAUCACUUUGGGCGGAAGCAAUCGAGUGUGCUUCGAGGCCAGCUCGAAAGACAAAAUCAAUCGAUGCCUUGAAAAAAUGCGAGCACGAUCCCCAAGUUCUCCUUGCAGUAGCUCGAAUGUUCUGGUCAGAGAGAAGGAUUAACAAAGCAAGAGAAUGGUUCAAGAAAUGCACGAAGAUCGACCCGGAUUUCGGCGAUGGAUGGGCCUUUAGAAGACGAUUUGAAGAUGCUCACGGGACCGAAGCCCAACUACAGGAAGUCACCAUUUCCUGCGCCAAGGCCGAGCCAAAGCACGGUGAGCGCUGGUGCAAGAUCUCCAAGGACAUCAACAACUGGCGUCUCAAAACUGCCGAUAUACUGCCACUCGUCGCCGAUCGCUGUCCAAUCACUUUUUAG